GAGGAAUUGAUUAUGUAACAUGUUCCCAAUCACAUCGUCGUCUGAGCGGGAGGAUGUGAGUGAGGUCGCUUUAAGGAAUAUCUGUGCUGCCGUAAGACCCGAGCAGCAGGACGCCUCCUCAUACCUUUUCUUCGACACCGCCACAAACUCUCCGUCACUGGAGCUCACCUGGCGCCAAGCAAAGCGACUCCCGAGUCAACACAAGAAAGAGGCUGCAUCUCGAAAAUGAAGAAAACUGCACAGAGAAAAAUAAUGAAAGGCUCUAGGGGCUGCCAACAUUAUUCAUAAAAUAAUUGCAAAACAUUUGACUCAACACCCCCGCCGCAUUUCAAGCGAACCCAAUACGAUGGAGCUACAGUCGAACAUCAACGCCAACCAAGCUUUGUGGAAAGAGAUUCCGUGGGAUUUCACAGAGGACUGCUCGCUCUCGUUGAGCGGCACCACCUUCCUCAUCGUAGCGUACAGCGCCGUUCUGGCAGUGGGACUCGUAGGCAACUCGUGCCUUGUGCUUGUUAUUGCCAGGCACAAGGAGAUGCGCAAUGUCACCAACAUCCUCAUCGCCAAUUUGUCCUUCUCCGACAUCCUGAUGUGCGUCGUGUGCCUGCCGGUCACCAUCUUGUACACGCUGAUGGACCGCUGGAUCCUCGGGGAGGCUCUGUGCAAGCUCACGCCCUUCGUCCAGUGUAUAUCAGUCACGGUGUCCAUCUUCUCCAUUGUCCUCAUCGCCAUGGAGCGCUAUCAGCUCAUUGUCCACCCCACCGGAUGGAAGCCGAUGGCAAGGCAGUCCUACUUGGCGGUGGCUCUCAUCUGGAUCACGGCCUGUUUAAUCUCUGUGCCUUUCGUCAAGUACAGCAUCCUCACAUUGCCUUUCCAGAACCUCACCGGCCCCUUCCAAGUCAUCGACCAGCCUGUUUGUAUGGAGCGGUGGCCUUCAGUUCAAGCGCGCCAGGCCUACACCACCUCUUUGCUCAUAUUCCAGUACUUCCUGCCUCUUUCCUUCAUCAUGCUAUGCUACUUGCACAUCUAUCUGCGGCUGCGGAGGAGGAAGGACAUUGUGGAACGUGGAAGAAACACCAAGCAAAAGAACAACAAAGGUGCCACGAGGAUCAAUGUCUUGUUAACCUCCAUCGUGGUGGCCUUUGCCCUCUCCUGGCUCCCUCUCAACAUCUUCAACACCGUGUUUGAUUGGAACCACGAGGCCAUUCCAUCCUGUGGCCAUGACAUCAUUUUCUCCUUCUGCCAUCUCAUCGCCAUGGCCUCCACUUGUAUCAAUCCGGUCAUCUACGGGUUCCUCAACAACAACUUCCAGAAGCAGCUGAAGUCCACCCUGUUGCAUUGUCGCUGCUGGGACGUUGCAGAGCGGUAUGAGAGUGUGCCUCUCUCCACUGUGAGCACAGAGGUCACCAAGGGGUCGGUGUUGAGCAAUGGCUCCAACAGCAUCAAUACUUAAAGCGAAGCUUCUCGGUGAAAAAGGAAGCAGCCAAACCGGCCCCCUCCUCUGCUCUCUUGAUUUUAUUCCUCGAAGGCUUUUUGUUUUAUUCAAUGCAAAAGCAUGGUUGACAUUUUCAGAGAACCCGACAAGAACUGACCAGAGGAAACUAAAGUCACGGCCUGACUGGUGCCCUCUAAUUGUUAUGGUGCCUGACUAAAAGGAUGUGACAAAAUGACAGGACAAAGGUUGGAAAUGUUUGCAGUAAUAAAGGAUGACUACAAGACACACUUCACAUAAGAACUUUGUGCAUUUGCACUCUGUAUAGUGCUGUGGAACCAUAAAAUAUUUAUGAUAGCCAUCUAAAAAAAAGGCUGCACCUUAGAUGGUAUCUUUUCAUGCUGAAGUCAUUGUAUUUAAAUAUUUGCAGCUUGCUUUGCAAACCGUGAUUCUGUGCAUUGGAAACCUCAAAUGAAGUAACAAGGACAAAGUGGGUGUCUGGUGUCAAAUGCUGACAGCAUUGAUGACUAUAAAAUGGAGUGUGUCCCGUGUUGUGUUAAUGAUUAUUGACGGAGCAGCCUUGUGCACAGUUGAAAAAAAGGGAAGAACAUUUUGCUGUGACUCUGGGCAUUUAUGUGCAUUGUGUUCAUGUGUUUCUUUUUUUAACUGAUUCACCAACAGUAUAAUAAACCUGAUAAGCUGAGACAUUCUCCAUGAUGUUUGCAUCAAUAUAUUGUGUGCAAACGGGGGUAGGUUUGAAAAAAAGUCAAUUGAGCAAUUCAGGCCAAAGUAGAAUUCCUAAACUGUAUAUAACCCUACUCAAUGAAUGUUUGGCCUUUAAAAUAUGUGAAACUUUCAGUCUCUUGUGUGGUUGGCAAUAAAAAGCAUUGUGUAGCAAAGCAGGAAACCUGUUACUCACUUUGGUAUGUGGAUUGAAUUAAAACAUUUAUGUUUAUCUUAA